AUGAAUGGAAGCACUAACAUCAGUUUUCCAAUUUUUCUUACAGCUAAUAUAUUAUCAAUUGUGAUUCUUUCCCAUGGAAAUUGUGGUCCCUCCAGAUGUAUUGCAUGCUACCUGGUGUCAAUGGCAGCAGCAGAUCUCCUUGUUUUAAUAUUUGAAGUAAUAAUGCACGUGCUUAAAGAGAUCUAUUUUCCAAAAUCGUUUCUGGAUUAUACUUCCAUUUGUUGUCUUACUUUUACCUUCACUUUUAUUUCCAUUGAUUUCUCUGUUUGGUUAACAGUUGCUUUCAGCUUUGAUCGAUCUGUAUCCAUCUGCUGCCAAAAGUUGAGAGUCAAAUACUGUACAGAGAAAACUGCAACUGUUGUUAUAGCCAUUGUUUGUGGACUUAGUGCUGUACAAAACAUGCCAUCUUACUUUGUAAACCAGCCUGGAAACUUGAUUGAUAACAUGGCAUGGAUCUAUGUUGUAAAAUCUGAUUUCUAUAUUUUGCCCGUUUGGAAGGCUUACUUGUGUCUUGAUACGAUUUUAACCCCAUUUGCUGUGUUUUUCUUUAUUUCUGUUUUCAAUGCUCUGACCAUUCAGCAUAUUGUAAUGAGUAGCAGGGUAAGGAGAAACUUCAGAGAAGGUAUCAAAGACUCGGAGUUCGAAAAUCGCAGGAAAUCCAUCAUACUACUGCUUUCUAUUUCUGGAAGUUUUAUUUGUCUGUGGAUGCUAAUUUCAAUCUGUCAUGCCUGUGUACAAUUUACAGAGAACCAGUUUUACCAAACUAAUAAUAAUGACCCUUUCACAAUUGUGGAACACACCGGAUACAUGCUGCAACUUUUGAGUUCUUGCACCAACACGUUUAUUUAUGCAGUGGCACAGACCAAGUUCAGAAAUGAAGUAAAGAAUAUGAUUACAUGUCAAUAUAGUCAAAGAAUACAAAAAUGCUAA